AGUGAGGGAGGGACAGUCCAGGCAGUUCUGUGCGUGUUCACUGUUUAGUAAUACUCAGAACUGCCAGUGUGAGAGGAUUUGGAAAUCACGGGAUCUGCUCAAUACAAAAAUUUUUUUCGAGUCUUUCUCCAUUUUAUCAGGAGUCUUUCUGCCACUGCAGUGGAUUUCCUUCCUGUGAUGGCACACCGGCUCCCAGUUUUCAAAAGGUAUUUGGGAAAUACUCAUCAGAAAAAAGCCGUCUUUGGGCAGUGUCGGUUGCUGCCAUGUGUUGCACCGCUACUGACCACAGUGGAAGAGGCUCCACGGGGCAUCUCUGCUCGAGUCUGGGGACAUUUUCCUAAGUGGCUCAAUGGCUCUCUACUUCGAAUUGGACCUGGGAAAUUCGAGUUUGGGAAGGAUAGGUACAAUCAUUGGUUUGAUGGGAUGGCGCUGCUUCACCAGUUCAGGAUGGCAAAGGGCACAGUGACAUACAGGAGCAAGUUUCUACAGAGUGAUACAUAUAAGGCCAACAGUGCUAAAAACCGAAUUGUGAUCUCAGAAUUUGGCACGCUGGCUCUCCCGGAUCCAUGCAAGAACGUUUUUGAACGUUUCAUGUCCAGGUUUGAGCUGCCUGGUAAAGCUGCAGCCAUGACUGACAACACUAAUGUCAACUAUGUGCGGUACAAGGGUGAUUACUACCUCUGCACUGAGACCAACUUUAUGAAUAAAGUGGACAUUGAAACCCUGGAGAAAACAGAAAAGGUAGAUUGGAGCAAAUUUAUUGCUGUGAAUGGAGCAACUGCACAUCCUCAUUACGACCCUGAUGGAACAGCAUACAAUAUGGGGAACUCCUUUGGGCCAUAUGGUUUCUCCUAUAAGGUUAUUCGGGUUCCUCCAGAGAAGGUGGACCUUGGGGAGACAAUCCAUGGAGCCCAGGUGAUAUGUUCUAUUGCUUCUACAGAGAAGGGGAAACCUUCUUACUACCAUAGCUUUGGAAUGACAAGGAACUAUAUAAUUUUCAUUGAACAACCUCUAAAGAUGAACCUGUGGAAAAUUGCCACUUCUAAAAUUCGGGGAAAGGCCUUUUCAGAUGGGAUAAGCUGGGAACCCCAGUGUAAUACGCGGUUUCAUGUGGUGGAUAAAUGCACUGGACAGCUUCUUCCAGGGAGAUACUACAGCAAACCUUUUGUUACAUUUCAUCAAAUCAAUGCCUUUGAGGACCAGGGCUGUGUUAUAAUUGAUUUGUGCUGUCAAGAUAAUGGAAGAACCCUAGAAGUUUACCAGUUACAGAAUCUCAGGAAGGCUGGGGAAGGGCUUGAUCAGGUCUAUAAUUCAGCAGCCAAAUCGUUCCCUCGAAGGUUUGUUUUGCCUUUAAAUGUCAGUUUGAAUGCCCCUGAGGGAGACAACCUGAGUCCAUUGUCCUAUACUUCAGCCAGUGCUGUGAAACAGGCUGAUGGAACGAUCUGGUGCUCUCAUGAAAAUCUACAUCAGGAGGACCUAGAAAAGGAAGGAGGCAUUGAAUUUCCUCAGAUCUACUAUGGUCAAUUCAAUGGCAAAAAGUAUCAUUUCUUUUAUGGCUGUGGCUUUCGGCAUUUGGUGGGAGAUUCUCUGAUCAAGGUUGACGUGGUGAAUAAGACACUGAAGGUUUGGAGAGAAGAUGGCUUUUAUCCCUCAGAACCUGUUUUUGUUCCAGCACCAGGAACCAGUGAAGAAGAUGGUGGGAUUAUUCUUUCUGUGGUGAUCACUCCCAACCAGAAUGAAAGCAAUUUUCUCCUAGUUUUGGAUGCCAAGAACUUUGAAGAGCUGGGCCGAGCAGAGGUACCUGUGAAGAUGCCUUAUGGGUUCCAUGGUACCUUCAUACCCAUCUGAUGGGACAACCACAAGGUCUGGAAACUAGGUUUAAAAUAAGUGUGCACUUGGACAUAAAGACUGGAGAAAUAAACACUGAGGACCCCAAAAGGGGGGCAAGGAGAAAGAGGGGCACGGGUUAAAAAGCUACCUGUUGAAUACUAUGUUCCCUGUUUGGGUGAUGGGUUCGUUAGAAGCCCAAACGUCAGCAUCACACAAUAUACUCAUGUAACAAGCCUGCAUAUGUACCCUAGAAUCUAAAAUAAAAAGAAAAAGAAAAACAAA